AUGGAAGAUGCAGGCGGCAACGGAAGUGUAGCACAAUCGCUAGACCACGGUGACGGGCUCACAGGACGGGCGCGGUCUGGAAGCACAAGCAGCGGACACAAGCGCAGCUCGUCCGGCUCGCUGCUCUCGAAAUUCGCAUUCCUGCGCAUGAACCAGGCGACCCACCACACGGCUGAACACAACCACUCAGCAAUGGGGAAGGACGAUGGCGAGGACCUCGCAUCCGGUCUGCGUGGGGGACGGGCGAUGGCGAGCGCUCUGCAACAACGACGGACGCGACGGAGAAGAGGCUCGCUGAGGAAAACAGCGUUGCUGGGGACACGCUUCGAUUAUCGGGAUAAGAAGGCUACGCGGGCGUCUGUUGAUCUGUCGCGCGGGGAUGGAGAUUCACAACUACCGGCUCAGAUAUCCGCGACACGGGCGCAAUCCGUGGUGGAUACGGUCCCAGUCCGGGAUGGGUUUUCGUCGUUUGGAAGCGCGCUCGCUCCGCGGGCAGAUAAAAACGUUCCUUCCGGCUGGGGCACUGCGGAUACUCAACGGGCCGACUCUUCGGCCAAUUUCUCAACGUGGAACGUGCUUAGAGAUGAAUUGGGCACCGACGACGAGGACAUGAUUUCCUUUCCCCGCGUCAAAAACUCCAAUGCUGCCGUCGCAGCCGCGUUCCAGAAUUCCUCUGCGAGCAGCACCAGUGCCGCCGCAGGCUUACACAUCCCGACGCCGUCCUCGAGUUCGGAUUCCUACUACGCUCUCCCAGCAGGCGCGGCAUACAGGGCCGUGCGCCGCACGAAAUCGCCUCUUGCGACACACGUCACGGACCUGAAGGCUACACAGAAGAUCGUCUGGGACUACUCGGAGACGGAGUGGUGGGGGUGGAUUAUCUUGAUCGUGACCUGGUUGGUCUUUGUGGUGGGAAUGGGCAGUUGUUUCGGUGUCUGGAGCUGGGCUUGGGACGUGGGGGAGACUCCGUAUGCACCGCCGGAGCUGGAGGAUGAUCUGACCUUGCCCAUCGUCGGGUAUUAUCCAGCCUUGAUCAUAUUGACGGCUGUCAUGUCCUGGGUCUGGGUUGUUGUGGCGUGGGUGGGCAUGAAGUACUUCAAGCAUGCCAAUAUCACAGGCGAUGAUACAUGA